GCUGACGAGGCGGCGGUGGCGGCCGAUCUAGAUCUCCCGAGACGCGCGCGCGGGGCGCGCCGCGGGAGCGGGGGAGAGUUGGAAGUUAUUAUAGGAAUUCUAAUAAUUGUUUGAAAUUUCUGAAUGUUAAAGUUGCUUAGAAAUUCUGUUGGUUGUUUGAAAUUUCUAAAGGUUGAAAGUUGUUUAGAUUUACUUUUUGACAUAUUUCUGAAAUUUGUUAGGAAGUUAUAAGGGGAAAGAGAAAGGGAUAAAAAAAGAAGGGGGGGUGGUCCGACAGUGCUACAGUACGUAUCGGAAAGUGACCGCUGGUUAGCUGUGCCCCUGUACAUUAAGCUGGCUCAUAUGAAGUGGAUACUUGUAGAAGGCAAUUUUUUUGUUUAUUUCAUUGCAUUUAACCAGUAUUGUCUCGAGAACUUUGAUAUCUUAAUCAUAUUAUAUCUAAAAAACUCUAUGAUCUACUUUGUGUUUCUUGAGGAGCUAUUUCUAGAUCUCAUGCUCUUUGAAAACACACAUCAGUUUUAGGAAACUUCUUUUAAUGUAUGUGUCUGGAGAUAAGAUAUGCUCUGGUAAAAAGUGAUCUUAUUUCUUUGCUAAGUCUAAAAGUGAUUUAACUCUAUUAUGCUUGAUUUUUUUUGUGGGGAACUAUUAUGCUUGAUUAUUAUGUGCUUGUCUGCUUGAUAGGUAGAACACCUCUGUUUUUUGCAAUAUGCUCUACGGAUGUGGCCCAUGUGGCUAUUGCGAAGUAUCUUCUUGAUCAUGGUGCUAAUCUGGACAAAGCCGGUCAUGAUGACUUUUCCCCUUUACAUUAUGCUGCUGGAUCAGGGGAUUGUGAAAUGGUAGAACUAUUGCUUGCAAAAGGAGCUUAUGUUGACCCGGUAGGUCCUUUUGGAACGCCACUUCCUACUGCUGCUUCGCAAAGGCACGACGCUGUUAUGAAGAUUUUAUUGGGCAACAAUGCAGAUUACAACAAGAUGGUAAAUGGCAGGACACCUCUGAUUGCAGCAAUGGACACUGAAUCAAGGGAAUGUAUUCUUCUCCUGCUUAAGGCUGGUGCUGAUACCAAGGGAGCUUUAAUUCAUGCUGCGAAAAAUCUACAUUCUGGAAAAUUUAUUUCAACAGAUUGCUGCAACUCCUUACUGGAAGACGCCGAUACCAACGGUAUUGUUGUUGAUGAUAUAAGAUUUACCUCUUUGACAGUACAAGUUUGUUGCUUGUAGUGUUUUUCUUUUUUCUUUUGAACAUGUCACCGGGGGGAAUCCCCACCUGAAUAUGAUCCCUAUUCAAAGAAAAUGAUCGAGUUUAUGAGGAAAACCAGGUCAAAAAACGUGAUCCAGUUUAUGAGGAAGACCGGAUCGAAAACCUUGAUCCAGUUUAUAAGGGUAGCCUUUUCCUUAUUAAUCAUGCAUGUAGAAUUCUGAUAAGUCUCACGUGCUAGGUUGAAUGUAACGUGGUAACACGGGUGCUAAUUAUUAGAACUCUGCAUGCAGACUUUGACUCUUGCAAGUUGCAAACCUUGCAUAUGCAUCAGAAAUUCUAGUGAGAACAAAACAUUCUAGCCUCUGGCACCUAUAGUUACUGACAUUUAUCCUGGAUCCUGGUAUUUGUCAGAUACCGAUAUGGCUCUGCCGCGCU